AUGAAGCGCGGUUACCCACAAUCUGCCGGCGCCGGCCGCACAACCCAGCGCGCCGGCUUCGGUGGCUUUGGCGGGCAGUUUUCCAGCAGCUCCCUGUCAUAUCUGGCUGAGCCGCCCUCCUUUGCUGCCGUCACAGACCCCAAUGUUGUCGUCUCUCUCAAGAAUGUCUUGAAAAGGGACAGCACAACCAAGACCAAGGCUCUCGACGAGCUGCUGGCCUAUGUGCAGGCCAACCCCCACGACAAGCAUGGCGGGGUAGAAGACGCCCUUCUCGAUGUCUGGACACAACUAUAUCCGCGGGCAUCCAUCGAUAAUGCCCGCCGCGUUAGGGAGCAGUCCCACCACUUACAGCUCGAGCUAAUGAAGUCUGCGCGCAAGCGCAUGGAGCGCCACAUUCCCAAGGUUGUCGGCGCAUGGCUCGCCGGUCUUUAUGAUCGCGAUCGAGCCGUUGCUCGCGCGGCCAGCGAUGGCCUCGGUUCUUUUCUCACUAGCCCUGAAAAAGCCGAUGCCUUCUGGAAGAAGUGCCAGCCCCAGAUCCUGGCCUUUGCUCUCGAGGCUAUUCAGGAAAAUGAAGAGAGCUUGAGCGAUGGACGCUCAACAACCAAGGAAGAUGCCGAGACCAAGUAUUUUCGAGUCGUCAACGCCAGUCUAUCGCUCAUCCUGCGGCUUCUCCAGCGAAUGGACGAUUCCGACAUGGACCGCUGUCGAGACAGCUACGACGAGUACUUUGGCGGCGACUAUGUCUGGAAGAGCAUCACAAUCGCCGACCCAUCAGUGCGACGAAGUACCUGCCAGCUUCUUGUACUAUGCCUUGAUCGCAAGCUACCUUACGCGGACUCUGUCGAGUGCAGACAGGCCAUGGUCACUGGUGGUCUCAAAACCUCGCAGAACGGAUCUGCCAAUGAAUACGUCACUGCUCUUGCCAAGCUCACCAAAGGCCACCCAGAUAUUUGGGAGGCUUCUGCUAAGAGCAAAAAGUCCCCUACAACGCGACUCUACGCGUUCAUUGCCAAGGGCUCUCAGGGCAGUCGAGCAAACUUCUGGGAAUCGCUUGAUGCUCUCUUGUCUGUCCUACCCCGCAGUGUCGUCACCCAGGAAUCAGAAUCACAGUUGCUGGAGUCGCUGCGCUCUGGCCUCGAGCAUCGCGAAGAGCCCCGUUCCAACGCACAACUCGGUUGGAAAUGCUAUGCCAAUGCUGUUCAACGAGCGCUCAGGUCGUUGGAUGAAGCUGACGCUCAGGCAUUGGCCAAGGCACAAGCUUUCCCUCUAUUUGAAAAAUUUAUGUUCCCUCCCUCUGGCCGUAGCUCAACCCUCGACCUUGCUACUUUGGGGGAUAUCUACGGUGCCGUGGCUAGCUCAUCUCCCGCAGUUGCCUCAGUCGUGGAAGAGGAACUGACCCAACUGAGUGCUACAAUGUGUACACACUUGUCUGGCUCCCUUCCCGGUGUUUCAAAAGAGUACCAGACCUCCCAGGAAAAGGUCGGCGAGGAAGGACGACGCUGGUUUCAGCUCGUCAAGGAACUUCACCAGCGCUCCAAGACGGACAGCCUCCCGGAAUUGGCGGAUCAGCCAUCUCUUGACAUCAUUUCUCAGUGUGUAUCCUUGCUUGAGAGCCGGAACAUGAAGCCAUUCGGUGCUGCAAGAACUUUGGAACAGGCACUCCGUUGUGUGCCUCGUCUAUUCUCGGGCGAUGCCGGCGUCCGCAUUUCCAACUUUCUCCUCGGCGCAGCAGAGGACUACAUGGACAAGUUGAUCGAGUCGUCCUCUGCUCCGAUACUUUUGAAUUGCUUGGACUUAUCGUCUUCCAUUGAAAAGCUUCAAACGCUGUACAAAAGCACUUGGGGAGCCUGGGUCCAAGAGACACUUUCGCUGGCACCAAGCGACAAGCGCAAUGAGGUUCUGGCCGGCUUGAUCUCCCAGAAAGCUGCCGCAGGCUUUGCACUCUCCAACCAAGCUGUGCAAACUCAAAUUUUGCAGCAGGCAACUGCGGCUGCAGACGGUGCGGGUGGCAGCAAGAGCCUUUUGGCGGCGGCUGUCAACUCUGGCACUCUGUCCCGGGACAGCCUACUAACACUUGCCAGGCAUGCUGUCGACGUCUUGCAGCAGAAACCUGGCGAAGGUCCUCUUGACAUUCUUGCUAUCAUUGCCAGUGGAAAUCCAAAGCUGCUGUCCGAGGACGACGAUCUGCACACAUCGCUGGUUGCCGUUCUGCUUAGUCUGUCGGAGCUGGAUAGAAAUGCUUCUGUUUCUGGCAAGGCGGCCAAAGUCCGAUCUCUCAUGGAUCAGCAUACCGAUGGCAAACUACCCGUUGUUGGCAUUAUCCUAUCCAAUCUUGAACGUGCAACCCCUCAAUCGCUCGACAUCGAAACUCUUGUCAAGCAGGCCAAGGAAGCCAGCUCCACGGCCGUCUCUCUUGAAGAUUUGCUCCCCAGCACAAACGUCUGGAUGGAGCAGCUGAAGCCAUUCUUUGAACUGCCUAUCGACCCCAUUGUCUCCAUAAGCAGCCCUAUUGGCGGAGCUACUGUGUUGGCCAAGUCAACAUCCACUCUUUCCAAGAAGGCGCUCCGUGUGCCCCGCGACAGACGGGGACGCUCUGUUCCCGCAAGAAUGGCCAUAUACCUGUCCCUGCUGACUGCCGAAGGCAUUGACUUGGCUACCCUUCCUUCCCAGUUUUUGGUUGAGCUCCUUUACCUCCAGUGUAUUACUGUGCAACUCAUCUCAGACCAAAUCACGCUUACGGACACGAAUGGCCUCUUUUCUGACCUAGACGGCGAAGAAAGCAUGCGUGAGGCAGAGACGGUCAUCAGCUCUCUACGGUUCUUCCUUAGCAAGUACACAGCAGAGAAGGAGUGGUGGGUAGCUGGUGAGGGGAACUCGGAAACAGAGAUGAUCCGCGAACUAGCCAGUCUCUUAGUCCAGCAGUCCAAGUCUCUCUCUACCUCUGCCGUAUACAGCGCCCGGGCUUUGAGUGAGCUUUUCCAGGCAACUGCAGAGGCACAAGGCUUGUCUUCUUCUUUGGAAGAACACUUUGUCAAAUCCGAAUACCUCAAGUCCACCCCCGACACUGUUCUUGUCAGCGCUGCCAUUCUCGCAGGAUUUGGUGAGCCUCUGCAGGCUUCCAAGCAAAUCAACAACUUUUGCAACCGGCUUGUUAGUGACGUGGCUGGCGCAUCUGCUGAUGGCGAAAGAACAAAAUCGAUUCUAUCGCUUCUUACACUUUGUUCCCGACUGUACGAAUCUGGAGAACUUCCUGUCGUCAAUAACCGAAUCGUGUUUGCCGUGCGCCAGAUCACAAGCUGGUUCGAGGAGCCCGAACUCCUUGACGCACAAACUUCCGCCGAGAUAUGCCGCGCCCUCGCCUGCUUGCUUCCCUGCAUGAAGGACGUGUAUGGCUCGUACUGGGAAAAGACGCUCACAUUUUGCCUGGACACAUGGCACAACGGCUCCGCAUAUAGCCUGGACGAUGUUCUGCCUCUGGCACACGCCUCGCUCAAACUCGGCCGAGUUCUUGAGACCAUUCCCGAGCCAAACGAUGACCUAGAAGACGCCCUCAAAGACUUUGCCAGCAAGAAGCCGGCGGCUCUACUAGACCUGCUCAAGCUUUUUCGCGACGUCGACGCACCAGCAGCAGAGAUUGUGACCAUGGUUCUGUCCAGAGAGGUGGAAAAGAUUGCGGUGCGCCAUACCCCCGACCUGGGCGAGAUAUACCCGCUGGUGGCUUCGGAAUCUCGAGGCAUACAAACAGCCGCCUUUGGCCUUCUGCACCGAGCGAUUCCAGUGCAGCAGCAACAGGCCGCCGUCGACAUUCUGUUGGACAAGAUUGACGCCCGACUGCCCGACGAGCUGCUCUCCCUGCUGCUGGAUGCACCCACGCUGGAAAGCUACUCUGACGAGAGCCUCGCCCAGUUUCCGCUUACCAUUCGUUGCUAUCUGCUGUCCUGGAAGCUCGUCUUUGACGCAUUCUCAGGAGCCAUCUUUAAAGUACGAAGUGACUUUACAGAGAACUUGAAGACGGAAAAUUAUGUCGCCCCGCUGCUUGACUUUAUGUUUGACGUCCUAGGUCACUCGGCCGCGCACCCCUUGAACCUGGACAAGGAGGGUCUCCUGUCGGAGCAGAUUUACAACUACGACGUCAAGCUGGCCGACACAUACACGGAAGAGAAGAGCAUGCAGUGGCUUCUGGUCCACCUGUACUACCUGGUCCUCAAGUACACACCCGGCCUGUUCCGGACCUGGUACAUGGACUGCCGCUCCAAGCAGACGCGCAUCGCCGUCGAGGCGUGGACGACCAAGUACUACACGCCGCUCAUCAUCAGCGACAACCUGGACGAGGUGCAGCAGUGGGCGGACACGCAGGAGGCGCCUGCCGCCGACGAGCAGGAGCUGCAGGUGCGCGUCUCCAAGGCCGCGCGCGAGGUCACGGCCGGCUACGAGGUGGACGAGGCGCAGGCCUCCAUCGUCAUCAAGGUGCCGGCCAGCUACCCGAUCGAGGGCGUGACGGUCGCGAGCCUGAACCGCGUGGCCGUGACGGACCGCAAGUGGCAGAGCUGGAUCAUGACGACGCAGGGCGUCAUCACCUUUUCCAACGGCAACAUCAUCGACGGCCUGCAGGUCUUCAAGCGCAACAUUGUCGGCGCGCUCAAGGGCCAGUCCGAGUGCGCCAUCUGCUACAGCAUCAUCUCGGCCGACAAGCGCAUGCCCGACAAGCGCUGCUCGACAUGCAAGAACCUCUUCCACAGGACGUGCCUGUACAAGUGGUUCCAGAGCAGCAACCAGAACACGUGCCCGCUGUGCAGGAACCCGAUUGACUACCUGGGCGCGGACACGCAAAAGAGACGGCUGAACCACGAUGGAUUUGCCUGA